CUUAUCUUCUCCCAGACCUAAAUGUCUAUAUCUGUAUAUUUUUUUCUUCUUAUUGAUGUAGACUGAAUUCACUGCUCGUAUGUCUUGAAACCGGGAAUGAAUUGUUCACGUUGAAAAAUGCUGCUUUGGAUUGUUCUGCUGAAUGCGGCUCUUUGUGUUGCUAGUGGAAACGUUACAAGGGACGUUUGUAAGGAGCAGAUAUGCUCUUGCAACGAGAUCGAGGGAGAUCUGCACAUAGACUGCGAAAAAAGGAGCUUCACCACUCUGCAGCAUUUGACUGGCCCGAGCUCUCAGUUUUAUCACUUGCUGUUGCACGGGAAUUCUCUAUCCAGGCUAUUUCCCAACGAGUUCGCCAACUUUUACAAUGCUGUGAGCCUGCAUUUGGAAAACAAUGGUUUGCACGACAUUGUCCCCGGCGCCUUUCUGGGAUUGCAGCUGGUGAAAAGGCUUCACAUCAAUAACAAUAAGAUAAGAUCAUUCAGGAAGAGUACAUUUCUGGGGUUAGACGACUUGGAAUAUCUCCAAGCUGAUUUUAAUCUAUUAAGGGAUAUUGACCCCGCCGUUUUCAGGGACCUAAAUAAACUUGAAGUGUUAAUACUUAACGACAACCUCAUCAGUGCGCUACCUAUAAACGUGUUUCAACAUGUGCCCAUUACGCAUCUCGACCUGCGGGGAAACCGAAUCAAAACGUUGCCUUAUGAGGGGAUCCUUGAACAAAUACCGGGCAUUGCGGAGGUUUUGUUGGAGGACAACCCGUGGGACUGUAACUGCGACCUGGUUUCUCUUAAGGAAUGGCUGGAGAACAUACCGCAGAACGCGCUUAUUGGGAGCGUGAUAUGCGAGGCUCCCACCAGGCUGCAAGGGAGCGACUUGAACGAGACGUCAGAAGCGGAUCUGUGCCCUUCACAGAGCGGCGGCGUGGACACCAGCUUGGUCGCCCCUCCCACCCAGGACGAGACCUCGGAGCCUGUGGCCCAGGCCCCGCGUCCCACGCCUUACAAGCCCAAUGGGGACUCCAGUGGGCCCCCUACGCCUGGAGGCCACGGAGCCAAGAGUCGCUCCAAAUCUCGUGAGAACUGGCAGCUGAAAACUAAGCCCACUCCAGUGUUGACAGGUGUGAACAGCGACAGAGAGCACAACGUGACGUGUCCCCAGCCGUGCAACUGCAAGCUGGUCGGCUCCAGACAAGGGCUGGGGGUCAACUGUGAGGGCAAAAAGAUCGAGAGUUUGUCUAACCUUAAACCUAAGCCCUUGACCGCUCACGAAUUGAACAUGAGAGAUAACAACAUACACGCAGUCAAAAAGAACCAGCUGCUUGGCUACUCCAGCCUCAACCUGCUUGAUCUGGGUGGGAACAACAUCAAGGUGAUUGACAACAGCACUUUCCAAAACCAGAGCGAGCUGAGGUGGCUGUAUAUGGAUAAGAACUACCUGGAUACCCUGAUAGCAGAGAUGUUUGUGGGCCUUGUGAAUCUGGAAUAUCUCAGUUUGGAAUACAACGACAUCCAGCUGAUAGUGGCAGGUGCAUUCAGCCCCAUGCCAAAUCUGAGGGUUCUGUUCCUCAACAACAACUUGCUGAAAUCUUUGCCCGUGGAUGCUUUCCUUGGGAUUUCUUUAUCCAAAAUUAGUCUGCAUAAUAAUUAUUUCCCCUAUCUCCCCGUGGCUGGCGUGUUAGACCAGCUCAAUUCAAUCAUACAGAUCGAUUUGCACGGGAAUCCGUGGGAUUGCUCGUGCAACAUCGUGCCCUUCAAACAGUGGACGGAGAAACUCGGGGCUGAUGCGAUAGUGAGUGAUCUCAAGUGCGAGUCCCCAGAAGAGUUCUGGAAACGAGAUUUCCGCUACGUCCGGAACGACCUCAUGUGCCCCAAACUCUAUGACAGAAUCUCCCCCACCUCCCUGUCCAAAAACAGCACUUUCACCCUGGACUCGGGGACGCGCUCGAACUCUUAUUUGGAGCCGAACAGGGUCUCCAUCUCGGUGCUCGUCCCCGGGUUGCUGCUGGUGUUUGUCACGUCCGCUUUCACUGUUGUAGGAAUGCUUGUCUUUAUUUUGCGGAAUCGAAAGAGAUCAAAGCGGAGGGAGGGGAACUCUUCUGCGUCGGAGAUCAAUUCCUUACAGACAGUGUGUGACUCGUCUUAUUGGCACAGCGGGCCUUAUCACGCAGACGGGGGCGCGCACCGGGGUUUCGACUGCAGCACGCACCUCUCCACGACAAACGAUGCGUAAAAGGGACUCUGCUAUAGCCUAGUUCAAUAAGCCUAAACCAGACUGGAUUACAAACAGUCACACAGACAGACUGACGUUCACAAAAUGACUAAACAGCAAGAUUCAUCCGCUUUUGUUCGUCAUAGGCGAACACAGACUUGUUUAUGUCUUGUUUUACUCCAGUUGAACCAAGUAAGUCAGUCUGCUGCACAGGCCCCACUCUGUAAUAUAUGUAUAUGCCAAGCCCCCCCUGGCUAAAACCCCUCCCUCCCUCCUCCUCCCAGUUCUGCUAUUUGCCGCAAUCGGACUACGGAUCUGUAUGAGACAGAAAGAGGGAGAAAAAGAGCGAGGGAGAGGGCGUGUGUGUGAGUGGGAGAGCAAGACAGAGGACCCGGGGAAUGGUGCACGAACGCAUGAAUGUAAAUGUAAAUACUCGGACCGAUGUAUCAUAAUCUGCAUGAUGAUAUUUCGCAUGGUUUCAACACACACACACGACGGCGAGGAACCAUAACCACCAUAACCAACAAAGAAGCAAAACUCGACCCUUUUCAUGUUAUAUCAAUA